CAAUAUAAAUAAGUCAAUUUUAAAUUUUUUAAGUACGAAACUAACAUAGCUCAUAAAAGAAAGACCUGAUAAAGUUUCCUUCAUGUAUUGAACUGAUAUCUGUCAGCUGUACGGAGGGAGGGCUAUCAAGCUGUCAGAUGGUGAAUAGCAAAGCAGAGCGGUAGUGAGAAUAAUUUUAACAAAUAUGUGUUUUUAUUUCCAAUUUCAUACGCAUAGGUAAUCGCUGCGCCUAGCUUUAGCUUUAGGUUAAUUACGAACGGGGACCAGGGUCGCUACGGGUGCACAAUGGGCUCUAGAGAUAGGGACACAAAAUCCCUUCACGACAAGUUGAAAGUGUUCUUCAAGAAGGGUGCAUCGGCGCCCGUUGCGGCUCAAAACGAGCUGGUAGUGACGGCAGAACUGCGGCGAGAAUUGGGUCCGGAGACGCCGCUAAACCGCCGCCUCCGUGCUAUCAAGGAAGUCGGCGAAAAGAUUCUUCACAUUCGUGUCCAAGAUGGUGGUGUAGAAAAAAUUUGGUCUUGUACGAGGGACCUUCUAAAAGACUCAAAUGUAGAAGCACGCCAUACAGUACUUGGAUUACUAAGAAGUAUUGCUGAAGGUCAAUCAGAACUGCUUAUAAUGCGCACCAUUCUAUUCCGGUACCUGCAAGAGACACACCUCAACCAUCCACCAGAAGAUUAUCAGCUCCGUUUUAAAUUACUUUACACUUUAACUAACACUGGAAAGGAUAUUAAAUGUCUGGAAGAACAGAUUGGACCAUUUCUGAUAGAAUGGCUGCCCCAUAUUCAGGCACCGGGGCACAUAAAAGACUUUGUCGGUCUCAUCACAAAUGUUGUAAAAUUUAAUGCUGUCUACUUAGAUGAGGAAAUUGUUCAUGGGAUCGUAAACAAUGCAUGUCAUCUCUGCGUGUACUCUGCGGACCCAGGAGUAGUCCAAGGGUGCCUGUCGCUUCUGGAAGCGGUGGUAUCGUACUCGCUGCUGCCGCGUGCCGCUCUGCGGACCUUCGUGGCCGCACUCUGCAGGACCGUUAACAUAGAACAUUACUGUCAAAACAGUUGGAAGCUGAUGCGCUACGUGGUGGGUGCGGACAUGGGGCACGCGGCGCUGCAGGAGAUGGCGGAGCUGGUGCGCGGCGCGGGGGAGGCCGAGGACGCGGAGGAGGGCGCGGGGCUGGCGCGCGGGGCCGUGUUCUACAUCAACAUGGCGCUGUGGGGGCCGCGCCGCGUGCGCACGCUGCACGUGUCCUUCCUGGCCGUGCUGCCCGCCUUCCUCAAGGCGCUGGCGGGGCGGCAGGCGGUCGUCACAUACGAAGUGGUGGUGGCGCUGCAGAGCCUGGUGGCGCGCGUGCCACUGGAGGUGGACGAGGUCGCCUGGGAUCUCGUCCUCGCCAUCAUCCGCGCCGUUUUGCAGCAGGACAAAAGCUUCGACCCCCCCAACGAGCUAAUCCACAGCCGCGUGCACGCGCUGAUCACCUCCAUCGAGCAGCUGCACGAGGCGGGACAGUUCCUCGGCGACGCGGAGGUGCUGCUCGACCUCGUCGACUUCUGUGGACACGACCGGCCGGAGGCGUCCACCAUGCGGCUGCUGACGGAGCGCUGUGCGGCGCUGAGCGGCGCGGACGCGGGCGCGGCGCUGGCGCUGGCGGAGCGCUACGUGCGCCUGGAGCCGCGCCUGCCCGUGCGCCUGCACGCGCUGGCCUGCGUGCUGGCCUACAUCAAGCGCAACCGUUGCGGCCACGGCGAGGAGCUGGCGGAGCGUGUGGGCGGGCCGGUGGCGGCGGCCUGCGCGCAGGACGCCGAGCCGGCGCUGCGGGCCGCCGCCGCCCGCGCGCUGCCCGACCUGGCGCGCAUGUGCACCUCCGACGUGUGCAUCGACCUCAUCGACCAGCUCGAGAAGAUUCUGAACCGUCCGUUCGAGAUGUACGUGUCGGAGGUGUCGGUCCCGGCGGACGCGGACACGUCGGACCUACGCCUGGCGGCCGUCGGGCUGCUGGAACUGCUGCACGACAAGCUGCUGCGAGCCCCCGCUGCGCACGCCGCGCGCGCCUUCCUCGUGCUGCUCGACCAUCUCGACCACCACUACCGCCGACCCACGCUGCUGCAUCACCACCCGGACAUACGACUCAAGAUUUUCGAUAUGCUGUUCGCGCUCCGGGCGAACGCCUUCAACUGCGUCGGGUUCUGCUACGAGGGCGGCACGGCGGUGUACGGGGCGGCGGCGCUCCGCCUGCGCCCGCUGUGCUCGCCCUUCCUGCUGGCCGAGCCGCCCGCGCCGCGCGGCCACCAGCCCGCCGCCGCCGCGCAGGCCAAGGACUUGCCGCCCGGCGCCUGCCUGCUGCCGGUGGGGCGCGCGGCGCGCACGCUGACGGCGGCGCUGACGCGCGAGGCGGAGUGGUCGGUGCUGGCGCACGUGCUGCGCGCGCUGCCGCAGCUGCUGCACGCGCGCGCGCUGGCCGUGGGGCGGCGCGCGCAGGACCUGGACCUGCUGGCGUCCACGCUGUGCUCCAUGGUGGCGGAGCGCGGCCCGGCGGGCGGCGGCCGCCUGCUGCUGUCGGAGCUGCACGCCGCGGUGCUGCCGGCGCUGGCGGCGCUGGCGUCGUACCACGCCUACCUGGAGCCGCAGACGCAGCAGCGCAUCGUGCGUUGUCUUCUCAAAUACGGAAUGGUGCUCCGCACCCCGCAGCCGUACAUCAACGCGCUGACGAUCUUCACGCUGGAGACGCGCGACACGAUGGUCAAGAUGCUGCCAGAGGUGCUUCUCGACCUGUCCAAGAUCUCCGACACGAAGGCCAUCGCCAGCCCCAUGCUAGAGUUCCUUUCCACGCUGACCCGCCUGCCGCGCGUGUUCGCGUCGUUCGUGGAGGACCAAUACAUGUCGGUGUUCGCGAUCCUGCUGCCGUACACCAACCCCUCCCGCUACAACCACUACGUGGUGUCCCUGGCGCACCACGUGAUCGCGGCCUGGUUCCUCAAAUGCCGACUCUCCUACCGCAGGAACUUCGUGCGGUUCAUCAUACACGGCUUGCACAACUACAUUAUAAUGCCGUUCGAGGAGCAGCUGCAGUACAAGUCCAACCACUUCCAUCAGAGCGUCAACGAGGACUCGUCCAACAGGCAGAGGAGCUCCAGUCUCGGCUCCAAGGCGGUGUCUCGUGCGCCGCUGUCGGGGGCGCGAGGCGCGGGCGGCGCGGGCGGCGCGGGCGCAGGAGCCAGCGCACCCGCGGCUUUCCACGUGGAGCUCACCGAGACCUGCGUCGACUUGCUUGCCAGAUAUACCUUCACACCCUGCAGCGUCAAGCCGCAGAGGAGCGACACGGCCGAGUUCCUGUUCAAUGGCGGCCAGUCGACCACGUGGCUGGUGGGGCACAAACUGAUCACCAUCACCACGUCCGGCUGCUUACAGAACUCCAUCAAGCAGGGGCUGUGCGAAAGGUGCGCGACGCUGUGCCGCCAGCACGCCGAGGGCGCGCCGGCCCCCCCGGGCCCCCCGGCCGCCCCCCCGCGCGACCCCCCGCCCGACGACGCGCCGCAGUUGCAGGUGAGCGACAACUCCGAGCAGGCCAACCGCCUGCAGGUGCACGCGCACCACGCGCCGGAGGUCAGACGCUACAGCAAGUACUCGCUGCAGCACAGCCGCUCCACGGAGACCUCCUGCUCCUCCCUGUCCAUCUCCGAGCUACAGCCGCCCUCCAGCGGACACACCACCAGGCAAAACUCGGCGGAGAACAAGGCGAGCGACCCCGGGGCCGACGCCCUCGACCAGUUCUCGACGCGCUUCGAGAAGCUCGCCAAGGAGGUGGAGCGGGCGGGCGAGUGGCGGCGCGCGGGCGCGCUGGCGGCGGCGCGCGCGUGUCCGUGCUGGUGCGCGCGCUGGGCCGAGCUGCACGUGCGCUCGCCCACCGGCGACGUGUCGUGGCUGCUGCGCAUGCAGAACCGGGUGAGCGGCGCGCCUCCGCGGCCCGCAGCGCGUGAGCCCCUUGUAACCCUCCGCCGCCCGCAGAUCAGCUCGUGGCAGCUGCAGGAGUGGCCGCUGCAGGACGUGCUGGCGCUGCUGUCGCCGCCGCUCAGCGACCCCUCCAGUGGCCUGGGGGACUCCAGGCCCGACCUCAGCUCGGAAGGUUCGCCUCGCUCGUCCAGGUCGACUUCGCAGCGCUCGCACGGGCCAGAUCUGCACAAAUCCAGCUCGGACUCCGUGGUGGGCAGCGACAAGCGCACGAGCCAGGCCGCGACCGCCACCACCCGCAUGAGCACGCAGCCCAUCAACAUCCCCGGCUCGCCGCAGCGGCAGAGCUCGUCCAGCACGACGGACGACGACGACAUGCUGCUCAUCGUGCCCGAGGGCAAGUCGCGGCACCCCGUGCGGCGCUCCAACUCGUCCCCCGAGAUGUCGUCGUCGUGGAAGGCGGCGGUGCGCGGGCCCGACGCCGACGAGCUGGUGCUGCUGCCGGCCGAGCCCGCGGCCCCGAUGACGAUGCACGCGAGCAAGAAGGUGGGCAAGAAGAGCGACAUGCGCGUGUCGUGCGAGGCCAUCCCCGAGGAGAUGUGCGGGACCUCCCCGCAGCCGCACCCCGCGCCGCACGCGCACCUCCUGACGUACAACUCCGACCCAGUGUUUCAAAUAGGAACGACGGGGUCCGAGACGGAAGCGGAGACGAAGGCCGAGACAAACAGCGUGACCGCCACCGCGACGCACCACCAGCUACAGAAGACGAGCAGCGACAGUCGCGUGACUCUGGGCCACGAGGCGGGCGGCGCGACCGCGGCGGGCGCGGAGGCGGACGCGGGCGCGGACGAGCUGCCGCCGCUCGCGCGCUCCAAGCGCUCCAACACCAUCUCCGUCAUGAGCCCCACGCGUAGGAACCGGGAGCUGAACCGCAACCCCCCGAGCACGGGAGGGGGUGCGGGCGGCGCGGGUGGCGGCGUGUCUCCGUCCUUCGUGUUCCUGCAGCUGUACCACAACAUGAGCACCUACCCCAUCUCGCCCACCGUGCCCGGGGAGACGCCGACGGCUCUGAACCCGCUGAUGGGUCGCCCGCUGAAGGUGUCCGGCGUGCAGCACGAGCGUACCAUUAAGAACCUCGACCUCGUGCCACCACUGGAGACCUACAAGGUGGGCGUGCUGUACGUGGGCCCGGGACAGCAGGACGACGAGGUGGCGAUAUUGAAAAAUGAAUAUGGCAGUGUGAGAUAUAUGGAGUUCCUGAGGCUGCUGGGCACGCUGGUGCCGCUGGAGGGAGCCGAGGAGCCCAACCUAUUCCUCAAUCUGGAAAAGGGCGGCAAGGACGGGCACUACACCUACGUCUGGAACGACGACAUCAUGCAGGUGCUGUUCCACGUGGCCACCGCCAUGCCCAACUCGCCGCGCGACCCCAGCUGCAACGAGAAGCGCAAGUACAUCGGAAACGACUUCGUGUCCAUCGUCUACAACGACUCCGGCCACGACUUCAACAUUCACACGAUCAAGGGACAGUUCAACCUCUGCAUCGUGGUGGUGGAGCCGCUCGAGCACGGCAUGAACCGGGUCACGCUCAAGAGCAAGGACGAGCGCCUGCGCGGCAAGUUCCUCGCGCACGUCGAGCCGCACUGCGUGUCCGACGCCAACGUGGCGCUGCUCGCCCGCCAGCACGCGCUGCACGCCGCGCUGGCGUCGCAGAUCUCGCAGUCGCUGAAGCUGGGCGGCGCGGCGUACGCGUCCAACUCGCUGGAGCGCCUGCGCCUCAUCAAGCGCCUGCGCGCGCGCGCCGAGGACGAGCGCCGCGCCGCCGCCGCGCGCGCGCCCGCGCCCUACGCCGCGCCGCCCGACGCGCAGCGCCGCGUCGCCAUCGACGACUUCGACGACUACGCCUAGGCGCCGCCGCCGCGCGCUACGCCGCGCCGCCCGACGCGCAACGCCGCGUCGUCUCGUCCCGCGGACACGCGUUCGGGUCUCGCUCUGCGCCGCCUGUGACCGACCGCUGCGUCCGCGACUUAGCCGUUGCGAGAUAUUAUCCGUUCGAUCCUUUGCGUCGGAAACGGUUCUUACUACGAGUUCUGUCGUCGACGGGCGCUCCGUGGGAGCCACGAAGGGCAGCUCGAAUGCCGUCCUCGUUUCGCUUUCAGUAACGAGACGCAUGUCCGAUAACGACGCGUGUGUGCGCGCGUGCGCGUGUGCUUAAACUCUGCACAUUUGUACUUGAUCCGCUUAAAAGUAUCGACGUUGCAUCGUUUGAGUGUUCCUUAAAUGUUAGCAUUAUAUAUUUGGUAUUCAUAUUUAAAUGUACAAAACCGAACGCAAUGCGAUUCUCCACCUUGGUAUUGUGUUAGCGCGCCGACGAUUCGGUUAAAUAAAAACAUCAAUUACAUAAUAUGAAAACUUCCGAACCGCUCCAACGAUAUACGGCGUGUAAUAAAAACAUUCGGUUCAGACAAGGUUCCUGUUAUUUCUGUAAAUACAUUCGAUAGAAUUGACCGCUUGCCGCAACACUCGCCGUUAUAUCAGUAUGUAGACGACACGAUCGACACGAUCGAAUGUGAUCGAAUGUGAUCGAACGUACUCGGACGGACGCUGGUCUGAGAUUAAGUCGAGUGUUUCAUUGCGAAUACAGAUAAUGUGUGGCGAAUGGGGUUCAUAGUGUUAGGAUUGUGAAAUAUUCAUCGGCUUAAAUAUAAUAUUGAAUUACAUCGAUUUGUUGACUUUCUAAAUUGUUUUCAUACAGAUUAUAUAAGUACUGCUGAUAAUAUGCGUCAUCGUGUUCAGCUUAAAUAAGUCGCUGGCAGAUAUCUUCAACGGAACUUUUGUACGUGAUAAAGAACUAACUACUUGCCCACAAAGAUUUUGCUAAGUGAUUAUAUAUUUUAUAUCGGAAAUCUCGAAGAUAUCUCUCUGUAGACAAUCGAUGCUCAACGACCGACCCCAGCUCGCCACCUCUACCUGCGUCGUUUGUAUUGUAAGUGGAUAAAUGUUGUGACCGAUGCAGUAAUAUGUAUUCUCAAUGAGAUACUCCGUUAGGAACUGUACAUGUCGAUAAUAACACAAAACUAUAUAUUAUAAAAGUUCACAUAAGUCAGUUUUUACAUUUUGUGAGAUGUGAUAAUAGUGUAGCGAUUAAAUACAGUAUCUUAAUACGAUAAUGCUAUUGACGCUGGAGUUUUUCUACUACGCUUCGCUUCGAGACGAUCUGACCGGAGCCUGGAUUGCGAUCCCUGCGAUUCAUCCUCAACUAUGUUUUGCACAACUUUCAAUCAUUUUGAAAUCUGGCCCUGCCCUUAACUGAAAUGAGUCAAUGUCAUAUAAUCGAUGAAUAUAUACGAAUACUCUGUUUAUUGGAGUGUGUGAUGUCUGUAAGCGACACUUGAGUACGAUUUAAAUAUUUCCAUUUAACUGACCCCCGGCCGAUUAGUCACUCGUUGGAAGUGCUGUCUCGCUCGGUUAAAUUGCAAACGAUUGUCGCGUUUUACAGAAACAGGUCACGUGAUCAAAUGUAGAAAACGACCAAGCGGCGACCGGCGACCCGGAGCUUAACAUGCACUGGCAACUAAACUACUUACAAGUGAAUCUAUGAAGUAUUCGAUUCUAUUCUGUCGGAGAUUACGUUUUGUUUCGUACAUAGGUUUGGAUAUUUAUAAUCGGUUGGUCAGACCGGCGCGGAAGCACGUCACACGUCAGCGGUCAGACACGCGUGAUGCGCAUUCGGAGCUCGCCGGUCGCGACCAUCUCGGCAGUUUGAGGCAUUUCUUGUUGAAAUAUUUUAUGUAGCAAUUUAUUUCCUGACGAAAGAUUUUGUAAUCGAAUAAAUGAUGGCUAUUUUU